CCUUUUUAGAUGUGCCUUCAGUAAUACCAUUGCUGCAGAACGUAUGGAUCCUUUAUAUUUGAAGAGUUGGUCUCACUUUUCCAAAAGUGUUCCUUGAUGUGUGACCCAUCAUUUUUUUUUUACAAUGAUCCUUUAUAUUGGAGAUGAGACAGACUUUCUGAGAAUUAUAUAAACCACCAUAUAAAAAUUUUAAAUGUACACGCUCCCCAGAAUGUAUUUUAGUAGCAGAAAGUUAAGAAGAUGCCAGUUUCUUCAAGUAUUGGCCAGUUGCUUUGUUGUGUCUUUCAUGCUGAUGUGGGUUCAGGACGACAAUGAUAUUGUAAACCACAUAAAGUCUUACUCCUACAGAUAUCUCAUAAACCGUUAUGGAUUUGUAAAUGACAGCUUAACUGUUUUACGGGACAAAUCUGAUAGGUCAAGAAACUUUGAGUACUUGAUCAACAAUAAAGACAAAUGUCAGGAGGAUGACGUGCUGCUCUUGCUGUUUGUAAAGACUUCUCCAGAGAACCGAAGACGGCGUGAUGCCAUUAGGUACACCUGGGGAAAUGAGAAUUAUAUACGAUCCCAGUAUGCUGCCAACAUUAAGGUUAUGUUUGCCCUUGGAGUAGAUAAAGACCCCGUAAAGCGCAGCCAGCAACAGAAGCAGCUUGAAGUGGAAAACAAGGUGCAUCGUGACUUGGUACAGCAAGAGUUCCUAGACACGUUUCAUAAUUUAACUUUAAAGUUCCUGCUGCAGUUUGGAUGGGUGAAUGCAUACUGUCGCCAAGCAAAAUUUAUUAUGACGGCAGAUGAUGACAUCUUUGUUCAUACACCUAAUUUGAUUUCAUACUUGAAAGAUAUGGAUUUAAUAGGUGUCCAGGACUUCUGGAUUGGUAGAGUCCAUCGUGGAUCGCCUCCAAUAAGAAACAAACAUAGCAAGUAUUUUGUCCCAUAUGAAAUGUAUCAGUGGGCUUCUUAUCCUGAUUACACUGCAGGGGCUGCCUAUGUAGUUUCUCGUGAUGUGGCAGCCAAAGUAUACGACGCAUCGCAGACGUUAAAUACCAGCCUGUACAUUGAUGAUGUUUUCAUGGGAAUCUGUGCCAAUAAAAUGGGGAUUGUGCCUCAACAUCACUUAUUCUUUUCAGGGGAAGGUAAGGCACCCUAUCACCAGUGCAUCUAUAACAGGAUGAUGACGUCCCAUGGACAUGUAGAUGAUCUACAUUAUUUGUGGAAGCAAGCAACUGAUUCUAAAGUCAAAGAUUUAACAUCUGGCUUCUGGGGACAUGCCUACUGCAAGCUGAUUAACAUUAUGCUUCUUUGCAGGAUUCGAUAUGAUGAUACGUAUCCAUGUUCUGCUGCAUGGUCCUAGUAAUGUUUUGAAUGAGUAUUU